CAGAGUGUGAAGGUCAUGGAGGAAUUGGACAAGCAGGCCCUGGGAAAAGAAAAAAGAAUGAAAACAUCAACCCGCCGCCUGACACACAACGAUGAUAAAAUUCUGGGUCAGAACACUAUGCGCAAAAAGGAAGUGGUGGUGGAGAAUCAGAAGUUCCACACCAAUAAAAUGAGGACAUACGCUAGUGCUUGGACACCUGUUGUCAAUAAACCAGCCAAUGAACAGAUAUUUAAUGAAAGAAGGGAUCUGAUUUCUCACUGGUUUGAUCUUUGGACUGACUCUCAGAGGAAGAGAUUUUUUGCUGCCAUCUUUCAACAAUGUCAACGCCCCCAAUAUAAGUUUGUACAGAACUGGUUCCAGGACAAUGUCCCUUUACAGCAUCUGGAUUUCACCACUGUCCUCCCAAAGUUCCUCUCCCUUUAUAUAUUCUCCUUCCUGGACCCUCAGUCUCUAUGUAGGUGUGCUCAGGUGUCCUGGCAUUGGAAGUUUCUGUCUGAACAGGAUGUUGUAUGGAUGCCCAAAUGUUUGAAUUAUGGCUGGUUUCUCCCUUACAAGGCACCAGACAAUGAGUAUGGGGCCUGGAAGAAGUAUUAUCUGGGAUGUGUUCAGACACCGGAUUACAGACCAGCACUGGACAUCCAGGAAUCCAAACCAGUUCAGACCCAGUCUCCUGGCAAGAAGAAGAAACAUCCCAAGUCUGCCAGGGGGUCCGGAAGAAUGUCCCCCACAAGUAGCAGCACAGCAAUGAAGAUCCGUCCCCCAUGGGUAUCUGCCUCAUUGAAGCCACAUGACCUUGACAAGUCUUUCUAUGCCUUUCUCCAUGGUGCUAAUCCAAAUGACCCUAAAUUACCCAAGUCUGCCCUUGUCUACCACAACAAGUGGGGAAUCGUCAGGAAAAAUCAUGAGCUGGCACUGAGCAAGUCUCAUGAUUUUGAUCUUGGACUGGGAUCUGCUCACAGAAAGGAAGGACACAGGCUCAUGACAUCCAGAUAUGACUGCGAUCUGAACAAGUCAGCACAGAGAAAGUCUCUGUCGGAGGUUAUGGACUUAAUUAAUCUUGAGGAGAGACGUAAGAAAAACCUGGUGGAUUCCCCCUGGAACCCCCCAGUACAGGGGAACAGGACCAAGAUGCAGUGGUUUGGGAGUGACACUCUUAUGUCUGGUUACGAGGCAUACCCUACCUCAACAGAGUUCAGGACCCUCAGUAGAACUCUCCCUCUAACAGGAAUAGAGGAGGCGGACCACCCACGCGUUGUCUUCAUCUCCUCCCGAGUUCCCGCUGCUGAUCUGUUGGUGGAUGCUGUCCUGUUUGGGGUGAUUCCUGUUGUGUAUGAGUAUGAAGGAACAACAUCAGAAGGACUGAUGAUGAAACUGGAAAAAGUCCUGGCAGGACGCAGAGCAAAGAGUAUAGGACUGUUUUGUCACUCAGAAGAACCAGGAGAGCUACGAUUGGCUCAUGGCUGCACUGUUACUAUGGAGACAUUGUAUCGAGCAGACAUCAUGGAUUUCUUCACCAAGGUGUGCAGACGUAACAUUCUGCCCACUGAUCAGGGAGGACAGUUUGAUAUAUUUGUUCCUUUGGCAGCAAGUGAACCAGGACUGGAGAUUUUAGUUCAGUUAAGCAUUAGGACAGAACUUCAGUUUUCCUCACCAACUGGUAUUAUAGGAAACUUCAAUCAUGUAAACUCUGACUGGAUGAUUCCUUACAAAGAGGGACGACCUGCUAAAACCGUUCAGCCUCCCCAGGUAUACUUCUGUCAGAGCAAACUGGACGUGUGGUCACAUGUCGCUGACCAGGCUAUUGAGGCAUUAUCUUCCUGUAAACAACAUCUAGGUCAUUUCCUGGAAAACACCCACAGAGACAUCGUUUCCCAGCUGACUGGUCAGUUGGUGUUUGAUGUUUUGGGCCAGUCUGAGAUCCAGGGAGUGAAUAAUGUCACCAGCACGCUGUCAGAGGCCUUAGUACAGCUAGGCAAGCAGGAAAAUGAUGUGAACUCCCUUGAGUUUCUAGGACAGUACCUACUAGAGAAAGCCGGAGUUGAUGAUCUCACCUUCACCAGCUCACUAGAAAAGUCCCUCAUACCAGCUGAGCGUUACGAGGAUGAGGAUGAAGAGGUCACUAGGAUCAAUGGUCAAGGUCAAACUGAAGGUCAGGAGGAAGAGGUCAAGGCCGACUGGGGAGACAUUGAACCAGAGGAUCGAGAAAUAGAAAAUUACUACACACAACACCAUGAUCAUGAUAUUACUGACCCUCCCCCACUAGAUGACUCUUCACAUCAGAUGGACGAGGAAAACGAUGAUAUUGCCAAAGACAGAAGUCUGAGUGAGACUGUCAGACCCCCAGCAGACAUGCCAGAGAAAGCACAAAUGGAACAAAGUGAAAAAGAAGAAAACAGACGUCAAAGACAACAAAAAAAUCAGCGACUUGUUCAACAGGCAGACAAUUUACGAGUCACUUUCGGCUCAAUGAGGCUCACCGGCAAAUAUGAACGACUGAGUGCUAAGCAAUUCCAUGACCAUCCAGAGAAGAGAACGCCCAUCGCCAUGGAGAUACUGAGUAGCGAGGUGGAGUACAACAGAACUCUUCAGGCAGUGAAGGAUGUUUAUGUCAAACCUCUCAGAGCCGCCUUAAACUCAAACAGGGCAAUAGCAAGUUUUCAAAAUGUGCAGAUUAUUUUUACUGACUUGCUGCAGUUGUUGGAUGCAAGCAGGGAGAUGCUUGGAGACCUGAAAGAUCGCGUAGCUGAAUGGGAUGCUACCCACUCCUGUUUGGGAGAUAUUUUUGUGCGGUUUUGUACCCAUCUUAAGUUGUACACUAACUUUGUCAAUAACUAUGAUGUCAUCUUACAAUGUAUAGAACGGACCAAAGAGCAAACCCCUGCUUUCAGAGCUUUCCUAAAGCGCCAUGAGAGAAUUCCUGCCACUAGGAUGAUGACGUUACCUGAGUUGCUGCUGUUGCCAGGACGACGGAUCAAUGAGUAUGUGACUCUCUUGAGUUGGUUUGAGCUCCAUACUCCUUCCACUCAUCAGGACCGAGCUGACCUUGCGGAUGCCAUAGCAACACUUAAGGUUGUCAACAGGCAUGUGCAAGAGAGCAAGACCAGGAUGGACAGAGACAGAAAAAUGAUAAAGCUACAGAAGACUAUACUUAACUGCCCUAGUUUACUGGAAUCCAACAGAUACCUCAUCAAACAUCAAGAUGCUGCCAAUAUGAGACCACCAUCAAAUGAUAGCACUGUCCCAGAACUCAGGGUGUACCAGCACAUAGAAAUGUUGGGACUCUUUCUGUUUAAUGAUGCUCUGGUGGUGACCAGGAGAACGGACAAGAACUUCCCAUUCACAAGAGCCAGGGAACACACUUAUAUGUUUGAAAGCAGUCUAGCUUUGUCCAGGCUGAGGGUCCGAGACAUCCCUGAGUCCAAAUAUAUACGAUAUGGAUUUAAACUAGAAACCCCAAAGAGAGCUCUUCACUGUGCUGUGGAAACAGAGGAAGAAAAGUUCAACUGGAUUAGCCUUCUGGAGCAGGCCAUUAGAUCCGCCAUCGAUAUUCAAUGAUCUGGAUCAGAUCAUUUGAUCUGCAGUUGACAUUCAUUGUGGUGUUUACAGGGCCAGCAUUCAAUCACUGCCCAUUAAUUAAAAAAAUAUAUUAUAAUCUAUGCACCUUAGCUUUGAAAUCAAAAUGGUCAUCUUUAAGUAAAUUUCAUUAAAUGUUGAUUUGGAGUAAUUAUGCUUAAUUUUUGUUGUCUUUAUUUACAUGUAU